AUUAUUGGUGGUGGAUGACAGCUGUAAACAAGCUCCGGGGAAGCUCAGGAGGAAAAUAACUAAACGGUGAAAGAAUAAGGAAGAGGAGCUCAAAAUGGUGAGGAGUAAAGCCCUGGUUCACUGUGGGCUGGUUUUGCUGAGUUUGUGGCUGUGUAUCCAGUCAGUGCCGAUCAGCGUGGACAAGACUAAAGCAAAGCCUGAAGAGGAGGAUCUGGGGGCACCACAGAGUGCUGAGACUGGGCUGCACUACGACCGCUACCUCAGGGAAGUCAUCGAGUACCUCGAAAAAGACCCCCACUUCAAAGAAAAGCUCAAAAAUGCCAACAUGGAUGACAUCAAACAAGGCAAACUUUCCAAAGAGCUGAACUUUGUCCACCACAAUUUUCGGACCAAGCUGGACGAGCUGAAGAGGGAGGAGAUGAACAGGCUGCGCAUGCUCAUCAAAGCCAAACUUGACAUCCAAGGCGGCAACGGCCGGACUGUGGACCACCAGGCCCUGCUGAAACAGUUUGACCACCUCAAUCACCAAAACCCCAGCACUUUCGAGGUGGAGGACCUGGACCGUCUCAUCCAAUCGGCAACCAAAGACCUGGAGAACUUUGACAAGGACCGCCACGAUGAGUUCAAGAGGUAUGAGAUGAUGAAGGAGCAUGAGAGGAGGGAACGUCUGAAUGCCAUGGAUGAGGAGGACCGCAAGAAGGAGGAGCAGCACUACGAGGAGAUGAGAAAGAAACAUGCCGACCAUCCGAAAGUUAACCACCCGGGCAGUGAAGACCAGCUGAAGGAAGUGUGGCAGGAGUCAGACGGCAUGGACCCAGAUAACUUUGAUCCCAAGACCUUCUUCAAAAUGCAUGACACCAAUGGAGAUGGCUACUUCGAUGAGAGUGAGCUUGAGGCCCUCUUCACAAAAGAGCUGGAGAAGGUGUAUAACCCCGAAAAUGAAGAAGACGACAUGGUGGAGAUGGAGGAAGAGAGACUGCGAAUGAGAGAGCACGUUAUGAACGAGGUGGACACCAAUAAAGACAGACUUGUGUCACUGAGCGAGUUCAUGGCGGCCACGAAGAAGGAGGAGUUCUUGGAAAAAGAUGAGUGGGAGACUUUAGAUCAAAAUCCCCUUUACACCGAGGAGGAGCUGAGAGAGUAUGAACAGCAUCUAGUCAACGAGGAGAAUGACAUCCAUCAGAAGUCGGUAGAGCUGCAGAAACAGAGAGAGGAGCUGGAGAGGAAACAGGAAGAACUUAAUGCCCAGAGGUUGGGGCUACAGCAGGCAGUAGAAGAAAUGGAGAGGAUAAAAGCUGAGGUCAAACAGCCGGUAGCUCCCGUAGCUGAAGGUGAACCAGCACCACUUAUACCAGGAAACAGUCAGCCGCUGCCCCCUGGUCACCAGCAGCAAGAUGUCCCAGUGCCCGGACACUCUUAGCAGGCCUUGGUACUCUGUGUGCUGCAUGGCAAGGACUCUGUUCUCCACGGGAAUUGCUUUUGGGUGAAAUGGCGGGAGGGAGACUUCUGGACUGCAAAGUGAAUGUUUUGUUUUGUGCACACUGUAGGUCAUUGUCACUGAUACUGUCUCUUAGAGGAUAUAUACGUUGAAAAUUAUUUAUUUAUUCUAUUAAGUAGAGCUAUUAAUUAUUAUCAUGAAAAUGAAUGACAGGAACAUUAGCGUUUAUGUUGUGCUGCUGGCUGGUGAAAUGAAAUGGUCCUCUGUACACUUUUCAUGUUGUAAUAUAUUGUGCACAUUAACUUAGAGGAGACAAACAUUCUGGAUCCAAAAAACAUUGUUCUUUCUUAAUUUAAUUUUUUUCGGUUUAAAACAUCAAUUACAACAACAUCUAUUAAUAUUGAUUUAAAUAUGCUAUAUGGAAGAGUCCAGACAGCAACAUUUACCCAAGGUUCUCAUUAGCCAUCAUGCUGUUGGUUUGAGGGGUUUUUUUUCAGACCUUUUACUGUGAAAUUCUUCCAUGUACACAUAGCUGAAAAUUUCCUGAGUUUUUUUUUCUUUUUACAAAGUUUAUACCUGCAUCAAAUGCAUAAAUCUGUUGGACCAGAUGAUUGAAGAUCAUAUUUAGUUUACAAAAAGAGUUACAUAUAUUUAAGUCUUUUAAUUUAAUAUAAUUGUGUUGGUGUUAGAGUGACAAUUGUAUGGAUGUCAGAAUGGUUGUAUGGGUGUGUGUUUAAUUUGAAUUUAAGAAUGAUGUUUAAUUUAUUUUUCAUCACACCACUGUAAAUGAAACUGCAGCAGGUUGAAUUUAGCCUGGUGUCUAACAUAGGAGAAACUUGAAUUAAAACCAAGGAGAUAGUUAGUCAUUUAAGCAAAUUGAGGACAAUAAACAGGUUGAUAUUACAUGUAUCCCUUUUAAAAAGCAGUUAAAUCUUUCCACCCCCCAGCGUCCUGUGAGAUAUAAAACUAUUGUAGCCUAAAAGUUUUGAAUGUGGACAAUAAAGUGAAUGAGCUUGCA